AUGGUGGAGACGGUUGAGAUUACCCAAACAAUCAAUGUUGGAAAUUUAAUUCAUACCGGGGAGAAUGUUACACAUAUGGAAUUUGCCCCUAAACCAAGACCUGAAGGCAUGGUGGAUAUUGAACCCAUUAAAAACCUUGUUCUUCUUGGAUGCUUUUGCCCAUUCCCUAAUAACCCAAACUCACCCUUCUCCUUCAAAACACCGGCCUGCAUCCAUAAUACCAAUUCAAAGAAAAACUCUAAAAGCGCUGGGCCCACGACUAACAAACGGAAAAGAAUUAAAUCGCCAAUUCAGUCCAAUAAACAAUUACCACCAUCCAUUCGUUUGUCACAGUAG